AUGUGGCCGUUUAGCCGUACAUGUCAAAGUAAAAUACGUCUAGUAGGUAAAACUGUCGUUAUCACUGGAGCUAAUACUGGGAUUGGCAAAGAGACUGCGCGAGAUCUUUACAGAAGAGGUGCGAGAGUCAUUCUAGCAUGCAGAGAUGUUGCCAAGGCCAAUGCAGCUGUAGAAGAGUUGAAAACUACGCCUCCGUCCAAGCCAGACCGCGAACAAUUCCAAGGAGACCCAGGUGAAUUGGUUGUAUGCAAGCUAAAUCUUUGCAGUUUAGCAAGUGUACGAGAAUGCGCGAAAACUCUAAACGACACCGAGCCGAAUAUUCACAUCCUCAUAAACAAUGCCGGUGUUAUGAUGUGUCCGUUUGGAAAAACAGAAGAUGGAUACGAAACUCAACUCCAGUCUAACCAUCUUGGACAUUUUUUGCUAACUCUUUUAUUGCUUCCGAAAAUAAAAAAUUCAACUCCAGCACGAAUUAUAAAUGUUUCUUCUAUGGCGCACUCUGUUCUAGGUGGAGACAUUUAUUUCGACGAUAUAAAUUUGGAAAAAUCUUACACUCCAUUAAAAGCUUAUGGCCAAAGCAAACUGGCUAAUGUUUUAUUUACAACAGAGUUAUCUCGUCGUUUAAAAGAAGCCAAAAUAGAAGGAAUUACCGUUUAUUCAUUACAUCCCGGUGUAAUUUCAACGGAAUUAGGACGUCAUUUAGACACGGCAUUUAUCAGAGGAGCGAGAGUUUUUUGGAAAUACAUAUCGGCUCCUUUUGUCAAGACUCCGGAACUAGGUGCUCAAACCACCUUGCAUUGUGCUUUGGACGAAGCGGCUGGUAAAGAAACCGGAAUGUAUUACAAGGAAUGCGCAGUUACAACUCCAUCGGCCAGAGCUAGAGAUGCAGAGCUAGCGCAGAAGUUGUGGGAUGUAAGCUGUAAAAUGGUCGGACUUGAACAGAAAGAUAACUUGGCUGAAAUGUUGGCUAUACUCGCACGCGACGUUUCAGCUAAAUAG